AUGCCUAUCGAGGCGACAUCCUCCGGCACCAGUCAGGAUGCAGCCCCGAGCCCAUCGUCAGGCCCAUCGUCGAGCCCUACCUUGGACUCGGGUGACGGAUCGGGCGACGGAUCGGGCGACAAGCUACGACGGAACAUUAGCAUCCGCCAUAUGAUAUUCAUCGCCCUCGGAGGCUCAAUAGGAGCCGGCCUAUUUGUCGGCUCUGGCGCUGCGCUGAGUGCAGGCGGUCCUUUGAGUCUGGUGCUGAACUUUUCCAUCGUUGGUUUCGGCGUGACCUGCACAAUGGGCAGCUUGGGAGAACUUGCCGCAACCUUCCCCGUGGCCGGUUCGUUCUACGAAUACUCGAGGCGGUUCGUUUCCGAGGCCUGGGGCUUCGCCAUGGGUUGGACCUUCGUCCUGAACUGGCUCAUCAUCUUCCCCUUCGAGAUCACUUGUAUUGUGUCCCAAGUCAAGUUCUGGGGCGAUCGGAUGCUGCCGGCCUUUAUAAUCACCCCGCUUCUCGCCACCCUCAUCGCCACCUCCUUCUUGGGUUCACGUUGGUACGGAGAACUGGAGCAUGCCUUUGGAAUCGGCAAGGCACUUGCUCUGGUGAUUUUCAUCUUCAUGGCCCUGUGUAUCAUCGGUGGCGGAGUGUCGUCGGAUCCUCGCCAAGGAACCGGAAUCUCGUUUUGGCAAGACGGCUUGGCCACUCGAAACGGGUUUCCCGGUUUUAUGCUCGUUUUCCGUGUCGCCGGCAUGUCCUACGGAGGAACCGAGCUGCUCGGCAUGACGGCGGCGGAGUGCAACAACCCCAAGAAGGCCCUCCCCCUGGCCACCAAGGUCACCUUCUUCCGCAUCCUGGUCUUCUACAUCCUCACGCUCUUGCUGCUCGGCUUCGUCGUCCCCGCCGAUGACCCCCGGCUGGCGUCGACCGGGAAGGGCGCCCAGGUGAGCCCAUUCACCCUGGCGGCGCAGAUCGCCGGCAUCCGCCACCUGCCGACCUUUUUCAACGUCUUCAUCAUCGUGGCGCUCGUCUCCAUGGCCAACGCGAGCAUCUUCGCCUCGAGCCGCGCGUUCCAGGCGCUGUGCCAGCACGGGAUGGGACCCCGCUGGGGCGCCACGGUAAAAUGGGGGGUCCCCCGCUGGGGUAUCGUCCUGGCCUUCGCGUUCGGAACCCUCGCGUACGUCACCGUGGCGCCCGGCGGCGGGGCCAUCUUCGACUGGCUGCUCAGCCUGUCCGGCGCCUGCAACUACUACACCUGGGCGUCGAUCUGCCUGAGCCACAUCCGCUUCCGGAGGGGCUGGCGCGCGCAGGGCAGGGGCAUCGGCGAGCUCCUCUGGAGCAGCCCCUUCGGCGUCUGGGGUUCGUGGGUCGGGCUCUGCACCUGCGUGUUUGCCCUCCUUGCCAACGUGAUCCCCGCCAUCCUACCCAUCAGCGGCAAGCACCAUGCGGUCGACAUUGUACGAGACAACAUCGGACCCAUCAUGCCGUGGAUUUGGUUUCUUGGCUAUUUCUUCUGGUCGAAGAGACGAGGCGCUCAGCCCCAGCCCCAGCCCCUUCUGGUUCACCCCAUGGAGAUGGACAUAACGAGCGGAGUCCGGCUGAAUGAAGACGUUCCCUUCUCGGGAGAAAUGGGCAUUGUCGGACAACCAAAGAAUGUCCCGAUCAGCCAGGUGUAG